AUGCAAUUUCAACGUCACUACUACUACUUCUACUACUACUACUACUACUACUACUACUACUACUACUACUACUACUACUACUACUACUACUACUACUACUACUACUACUACUACUACUUCUACUACUACUACUACUACUACUACUACUACUACUACUACUACUACUACUACUACUACUACUACUACUACUACUACUACCACCAGCACCACCACCGCGAACUCCUUAUCCCACACUUGUUAAAUUCAUACUUUCCUUCCGCCUCUCCAACUUCAUCACAUCACAUUACUUUGACUUCUACUCCGAUCCCACAUUCUUAUCCUCCUGCUCAUCGACUGCGCGUAACUCAUCCUCCGCCUCCAAUUAUUUCACCGCCUCCACUCUCACCUCGACUUCCUUCAACAUCCUAUCCUCCUGUCCCUGCAACUUCGCCUGUAUCUCCUCCCCUCACCCUUCCACUACUACGCACAGCCCACAAAAAAGUUCCACUCUAG